AGCUCCGUGUUUGAAAAUGAAUGUGCUUCAUGCACAGUUGUAGGGCGUGAGGAACAAGCCACCGUUUUUUAAUCUGCCGGCUGUUUCAGAGACCAACAUUGAUUUACGCCAAAGGAAUCUGAAGAUAUCAACAAUAAGUUUUUGAUAAAGAAAAGCCAAAGACGGAGCAACGUUUUUCCAGCCUGUAAGGAUGCACUUGACCGUGUGUGAACCUACGGCCAUGUCCACAGCUGUAGUGAUGGACCAUCCAGGAGAAGUGAGCCUCCUCCAGUCCUGUGAAACAGGGGACAGUCUCGCCUCGCCGGAAGAUGCCAGUGCUGAGUCUACAGCAAAUGAGUCAUCAGAGGAGGAGUCGGCAUGUGUGAGAGAGGAGCAUACAAAUGCCAAAGCUGAACAGAGCACGCACACAGAAUCAGUUGCUGCCCCUCGUCCCGACUCCCUCUCCCUGCCAGGUCAGGGCACAGAGCUCUGGACCACACGUGGGGACGGAGAGGUGAAGCUCAGGAUGGGUGAGUCCGGCACCGCGGCCGAGCCCCCUGUCACCGUGAAUCAAAUGUUCACAUCUUCGGUUCAGCGUUACGGCAGCUACACUGCAUUGGGCUGGAAGGAGGGAGAACACUGGAAAUCUAUGACCUACAGUGAGUACUACAAGUCCUGCCGCAAUGCUGCCAAAAGCUUCCUGAAGCUCGGUCUGGAACGGAACCAUGGAGUCGGUAUCCUUGGCUUCAACUCGGCUGAGUGGUUCAUCGCUGACAUCGGGGCAAUUUUAGCUGGGGGGUUUGCUGUGGGCAUCUACACCACAAACUCUCCUGAGGCAUGCCAGUAUGUGGCAGAGAACUGCCAGGCCAACAUCCUCGUCGUGGAAAACCACAAACAGCUACAGAAGGUCUUACAGGUCCAGGACAAAUUGCCGCACCUAAAAGCCAUUAUCCAGUACAAAGACGAACUGAAAGAGAAAAGGCCUAAUCUAUACACGUGGGCAGAGUUUAUGGAGCUGGGCCACGACGAGCCUGAUACUCGCCUGGAUGACAUCAUUAGCUCCCAGAAACCCAAUCAAUGCUGCACUCUGAUCUACACGAGCGGAACCACUGGCCAACCGAAGGGAGUCAUGCUUAGUCAUGACAACCUGACAUGGACGGCAUUUUCAACAAGCCUAGACGUGGGUCUGAUGUAUGCGGAGAAGUCACAGGAAGUAGUAGUGAGCUACCUGCCACUCAGCCAUAUUGCUGCACAGAUGAUUGACAUCUGGAUCACCAUGAAAGUAGGAGGAGCCACGUACUUUGCACAGCCUGAUGCACUGAAGGGCUCACUGGCUAACACUCUACGUGAGAUACGCCCUACUGCAUUCAUGGGUGUCCCGAGGGUGUGGGAGAAGAUGCAGGAAAAGAUGAAGUCUGUCGGAGCCAAAUCAUCCACCGUGCGCCGGAAGGUGGCAUCCUGGGCAAAAGACGUAGGCCUGCAAACCAACCUCAGCAAGAUGGAGCUUAAUGGCAGCAUGUCCAGAAAGCCAUUGAACUAUCGGUUGGCAAAGCGUCUGGUGUUCCGGAAGGUUCGGAAGGCACUUGGACUGGAUCGUUGUACGAAGUGCUACACUGGAGCGGCUCCAAUCACCAAAGACACACUAGAGUUUUUCCUCAGUCUGGAUAUCCCACUGUUUGAGCUUUACGGUAUGAGUGAAAGCUCUGGACCGCACACCAUCUCACUGCCCGAUGCUUUCAGACUCACCAGCUGUGGAAAGGUGAUUCCAGGGUGUCAGACAAAGAUUUUCAGCCCUGAUGCAGAUGGUAAUGGUGAGAUCUGUUUCUGGGGUCGUCAUGUUUUCAUGGGCUAUCUGAACAUGCCUGAUAAAACUGAAGAGGCUCUGGAUGCAGAGGGCUGGCUGCACUCAGGCGACCUCGGCAAACAUGACCAGAAUGACUUCCUGUUUAUCACCGGACGCAUUAAAGAACUGAUCAUCACGGCCGGAGGUGAAAACAUUCCUCCGGUGCCCAUUGAGGACGCAGUUAAAGAGGCCGUACCACUGAUCAGCAAUGCCAUGCUUAUUGGAGACAAGAGGAAGUUCCUCUCCAUGCUGAUCACCAUUAAGUGUCAGGUAAAUGGCGAAACAGGUGUUCCUGAAGACGAACUAACUCCUGAGGCAAUUGAGUUGUGUCGUAAACUCGGCAGCAACUCCACACGAGUCAGUGAGAUCGCCGGCGGCCGUGACCGCACCGUAUAUGCAGCUAUACAAGAGGGUAUCAACCGCGUCAAUGAGAAAUCCACUUCUAACGCCCAGCGCAUCCAAAAAUGGACUGUGCUGGACCAGGAUUUCUCCAUCCCAGGAGGAGAGCUGGGGCCCACGAUGAAGCUUAAGAGACCAGUGGUCAUGAAGAUGUACAAAGACCAGAUUGAGAACUUUUACAAAGAAGCUGUGACCCCGACCACUCCGGACAACCCCCUGCCUACUUAAUAGGUGUUCAACAAAUGGCCUUGUCAUCCAGUUCAGAGAUCGCAGACAAAGAGACUGACAUGGUCGAAGACACACACAUACAAAUGAAUACCACUUAGACCUUGUGUUUGCUUUUGCUUGUGUCAAUAUUUGAGGUCAUUUUUGUUCAGUUUAAUUGUGUGUUAUUUUACAUCGUUUACAUUUGCCUGUUGUGUCUAAAGAAGGAAAAAAAAUUGUAGAACAUACACCAAAAGCCAUUUGUGAAAAUUCUGUAUUUUUUGAAGGUUUGUAUAUUUUUUUUCUUUUUUUUUUGUGAUGAUUUGCUAUUUAUUUUCUUGCCUAAUCGCAAUGAAGUGCAGAAAUGCCUAAUAAAGUGUCUUUUGAGCCAUUUUAUUUGUUAAUAUCUAACUUCAGUGCAGGUGAUCUGAUAAGCUAUGUUUAAAGAUACCAAUUAAUCAUUUAUUUAUGGCUUAAUUUGUCGCCAAAGUUUGAGAGCUUAAUGGCUAACAAGCAUACUUGCACAUCAGGAGAAUGAAAUAUACGACAGAAAACUCUGGCUGGUGCAUUUACAGAUAGUCAUCUGCUAAAUUUUAGAAAGAUGUGAAUGAAAUCAGAUGUUUAUCUAGUCUGGUUUCACUUCCUCAAGACCUCACAGUAUGAUGUUCAUCUGGCAAGAAUUUUAUACCAUACAAGCCAUACAUGUGUUUGUUUUUGUAACCAAAUGCAUCAUAUAUGUUCAAAUGUUUGUUUUGUUUAAGCUGUUGGCUGAUUUUGUUUUAUGUAAUUCUUUGUCAAACUGAACCUGUUAUAUAGUGUAAAUAUGUUAUGCCUAUAUUUCUUAUCUGGUGCUUUGCUGUGUCACUUUGACAGUCCUCAGUGUAGUAAGAUCUUUGAUUCCAUUGCGGUUCAGUGUCAGUAUGAGCUUUUUAUAUAUAUAUAUAUAUAUAUAUAUAUAUAUAAAACACCAUUGUAAACUGCCAAAUCUGGACGAAGAGGAACAGUGAAUAUUUAUCUGAUGAAAUGAAAAGGGAAAUGGCACGAGGGAACUCUUUAAACAUUAGUAAUAAUAGAUCUAUUCAGGGGUGAAAAUUUUAUUUGCCAAGCUGAGUUGGUUUGGUUUGCAUGUGCAAUGAGGACAUUUCUGCCAAACAAUCUGUUUUAUUUAUAUUGUAUACUGCAUAGUAAAAUAGUUAGUAUGCACUUUAGAGAAAUUAUUGUGGCUUGAUCAUAGGUUAAAUCAAGCCAUAAACUGUCAAUCUUUUCAGUCAAAUACUUGAAUAAUAAUAAUAAUGAAAAGCAAAUCCAAAGAUUUAAUUUCCCUCUGUAAAUAAAUUUGUUUUUAUCCUUCUA